AUGUCGUCGAACAGCAACAGCUCAACUUCGCCGCCGCCACGAGUGCCUCCUCAUAUCCGCCUCAACUCUGCCCAAGACGAUCUGCUCUUACACGAAACUACAAGACCGCAAACCUCUGGUACAUCCCGAUCGCUAAUCCCUCCUGUCGGCCCUAUUCGGACUCAGUCCUCGCAAAGCCAGCUAUACAACGCACCUGCGAACCAAGACUCACAAGAGAGAUUAUUACCACCGCAUCACUCCAAAUCUCACAGACUUCGCGAAGAUGAUUCGCCCAUUAAAUCGCCAGAACGGUCUGGGUUUUCCUCUAGGCGGACCAGUUGGAGUUCGGAAAGGAGUCGUGACAGCCGCGGCUUUGAGAAUCCUUUCAGCGAUUCGAGAGGGCCAUCAAGACCCGAUUCGAGAGCUGACAGCGAUGACGAUAAUGUGAAUACGCAGACUGUUUCGGAAAAAUAUAAUAUCCUGCCCUCUGCUGGGUUACUAUUGUUCCCAGAAGAUGUUGAAAAAGACGACUACCUGCACAACCCUGACCCAAGCGGCAAAGAGGACCGUGAUUGCGACGUCUUCACGAGAAGAGGGAUGAUCAACGUCGGUGGUCUUGCAUUCAUCACGAUCGGUAUCUUGGUUCUUUUCAUAGGAUACCCAGUUCUUUCUUUUGUGCAAAAUUACACCACGAAGCCCGAUCCCUGCAAAAUUAACCCAGACUGUAUCAGAGUUGGCAAGAUACCAUUGCUAAAGAAUGUACGGCAGACCCUUAUCGACCCUGACACGCCAAAAUCCGCUAUGAGGAAGAAAGACCAUCAUGGUAACACAUGGAACCUGGUGUUCUCCGACGAAUUUUCCAAGUCCGGUCGAACGUUUUUUGAUGGAGACGACCCAUAUUGGGAGGCGAUGGAUAUCUGGUAUGGUGUGACGCAAGAUUUGGAAUGGUAUGAUCCAGAUGCAGUCACAACAAAUAACGGAGUCCUCGAAUUGCGCUUUGACGCAUUUCAAAACCACGGCUUGAAUUAUCGCUCGGGAAUGCUCCAAUCCUGGAAUAAAAUGUGUUUCAAGGGCGGACGGUUAGAAGCAAGUAUCUCUCUGCCAGGUAGAGGAGACACUGUGGGCUUCUGGCCUGGUUUCUGGGCCAUGGGAAAUCUUGGGCGAGCUGGUUAUGCUGCAACCACUGAUGGGAUGUGGCCGUAUAGCUACCAUGAUGAAUGUGACGCUGGUAUCACGGCGAAUCAGAGCUCGAGUGAUGGUUUGAGCUAUCUUCCUGGAAUGCGACUACCUGCGUGUACGUGCAAAGGGGCUGACCAUCCUUCUCCUGGGAAAUCUCGCUCGGCUCCUGAGUUGGAUGCUCUCGAAUCGAGCGUGCACACGCUCGAUUCAGCUGGGAAUCAAGUCGGCGUCGUUUCUCAAACGUUUCAGCUUGCGCCAUUUGAUAUUUGGUAUCAGCCCAACACUGAUUACAUGGAAGUCUACGAUUAUUCCAUCACCAAAAUAAAUGAGUAUCACGGAGGCCCCUUUCAGCAAGCUGUUUCUGGUUUGAGCAAUCUCAACAAUCAGUGGUACGACGGGAAUGGAUAUCAAACAUAUGCCUUUGAGUACACUCCUGGAGCGGAUGGAGACUCGACAUUCUUUGUUGGUGAUGAAGCAACAUGGAGACUCACAGCAGAUGCUAUCGGACCAAAUGGCAACAUUGGCCAGCGAGUUUUUCCUGAGGAACCGAUGUAUACCAUCGUCAACUUUGGUAUGUCGAACGGCUUCUCUGCCCUAAAUCUCACCGGUAUUGCUCCUCUUCUUCCGGCAACUAUGAGGAUCGACAACAUUCGAAUCUAUCAGGAUCCAAAUGCAGAAAGUGUCACCUGCGACCCGCCAGGUUACGAGACCACUCGCUACAUUGCCCAACACUAUGACGUCUACACGAAUGCGAAUCUGACACAAUGGAGCCAGACGAAUUAUGAUUGGCCCAAAAACAGUCUCGUUAAUGACUGUUGA